UGCGCUUUCUGUCGAUUCGUCUUGCAAGUCAGCGAAGGUCAUCACAGCCGGAGACACAAUCAUUCACAAUGGCACCAAAGAAGAGCAGCAAGACCCACGACAGCAUCAACGCUAAGUUGGCCCUGACUAUCAAGUCUGGUAAGGUCACACUUGGCUACAAGUCGACCCUCAAGUCGCUCCGCUCCGGCAAGGCCAAGCUCGUCAUCAUCGCUGGCAACACCCCUCCUCUCCGCAAGUCCGAACUCGAGUACUACAGCAUGUUGGCCAAGACUGCCGUCCACCACUUUUCCGGCAACAACAUUGAGCUCGGUACCGCCUGCGGUAAGCUCUUCCGCUGCUCGACCAUGGCCAUUCUCGAUGCUGGAGACUCCGACAUUCUGUCCACCACUCCUCAGUAGAGGGAGAGUCCGAGGAGGAAGUAUGGUGCUACAGAUAGAUGCAUGAGCAGGGAACUGCCAGCGACACCAUUUCUGAGACGCGGCAAACAGUGCUCGUUCGGAUGACGACCUCGGAUGAGGAAAACUCCGCAUUCUGGUGGCCGUAUGCCCGUGUCUUCUGCGCAGGCACAUUUCUUCAAAUAGCCUGCAGAUUCCCACCAAUGCAAAUGCAUCUUCUGUGCCAGAA